CCUGGCCUGGGGCGGGGCUCCACAGUGGGCGGGGCUUCCUCGAGUUCCGGAGUCCAGUCGCUGGCCGCCUUGCUGGAGCGGAGAUGCAGCCACCGCCCCGAAAAGUGAAGCCGGCCCAGGAGGUGAAGCUUCGCUUCCUGGAACAGCUGAGCAUCCUUCAGACCCGGCAGCAAAGGGAGGCGGAUCUGCUGGAGGACAUCAGAUCCUACAGCAAGCAGAGGGCAGCCAUUGAACGGGAGUAUGGGCAGGCACUCCAGAAACUGGCUGGCCCAUUCCUGAAGAGGGAAGGGCACCGGAGCGGCGAGAUGGACAGCAGGACAGUGUUCGGUGCCUGGCGCUGCCUGCUGGAUGCCACCGUGGCUGGGGGCCAAACCCGGCUCCAGGCGUCCGACCGAUACCGUGACCUAGCAGGGGGUACAGGGCGGAGCGCCAAGGAGCAGGUGCUUAGGAAGGGAACAGAGAACCUCCAGAGGGCGCAGGCCGAGGUGCUGCAGUCUGUCCGGGAGCUGAGCCGAAGUCGGAAGCUGUAUGGGCAGCGGGAACGUGUGUGGGCCUUGGCACAGGAGAAGGCAGCUGACGUCCAGGCCAGGCUAAACCGAAGUGACCAUGGGAUCUUCCACUCUCGGACCAGUCUCCAGAAACUGAGCACCAAGCUGUCCGCCCAGUCAGCCCAGUACUCCCAGCAGCUGCAAGCCGCCCGCAAUGAGUACCUGCUUACCUUGGUGGCUACCAAUGCCCACCUCGACCAUUACUACCAGGAGGAACUGCCAGCUCUGCUCAAGGCCCUUGUCAGUGAGCUGUCAGAACACUUGAGGGACCCCUUGACCUCCCUCAGCCGCACUGAGCUGGAAGCCGCAGAGGUCGUCCUGGAGCAUGCCCACCGUGGGGAGCAGACCACCUCCCAGGUAAGCUGGGAGCAAGACCUGAAGCUGUUUCUUAAGGAGCCUGGUGUAUUUUCCCCCACUCCACCUCAGCAGUUUCAGCCAGCAGGGACUGAUCAGGUGUGUGCCCUGGAGUGGGGAGCAGAAAGCAUGGCUGGCGAGAGUGGCCUGGAGAAAGAGGUUCAGCGCUUGACCAGCCGAGCUGCCCGUGACUACAAGAUCCAGAACCAUGGGCAUCGGGUACUGCAGCGACUGGAGCAGAGGCGGCAGCAGGCUUCAGAACGGGAGGCUCCAGGCAUAGAACAGAGGUUACAGGAAGUGCGAGAGAGCAUCCGCCGGGCACAGGUGAGCCAGGUGAAGGGGGCUGCCCGGCUGACUCUGCUGCAGGGGGCUGGCCUCGAUGUGCAGCGCUGGCUGAAGCCAGCCAUGACCCAGGCCCAGGAUGAGGUGGAGCAGGAGCGACGUCUCAGCGAGGCUCGGCUGUCCCAGAGGGACCUCUCUCCAACCGCUGAGGAUGCUGAGCUUUCUGACUUUGAGGAAUGUGAGGAGACAGGAGAGCUCUUUGAGGAGCCUGCCCCCCAAGCCCUGGCCACUAGGCCCCUCCCCUGCCCUGCACAUGUGGUAUUUCGCUAUCAGGCAGGGCAUGAGGAUGAGCUGACAAUCACGGAGGGUGAGUGGCUGGAGGUCAUAGAGGAGGGAGAUGCUGACGAAUGGGUCAAGGCUCGGAACCAGCACGGUGAGGUAGGCUUUGUCCCUGAGCGGUAUCUCAACUUCCCGGACCUCUCCCUCCCAGAGAGCGGCCAAGACAGUGACAAUCCCUCUGGGGUAGAGCCCACAGCAUUCCUGGCACGGGCCCUGUACAGCUACACUGGACAGAGUGCAGAGGAGCUGAGCUUCCCUGAGGGGGCGCUCAUCCGUCUGCUGCCCCGGGCCCAAGAUGGAGUAGAUGACGGCUUCUGGAGGGGAGAAUUUGGGGGCCAUGUUGGGGUCUUCCCCUCACUGCUGGUGGAAGAGCUGCUUGGUCCCCCAGGGCCACCUGAACUCUCUGACCCUGAACAGAUGCUGCCGUCCCCUUCUCCUCCCAGCUUCUCCCCACCUGCACCUACCUCUGUGUUGGAUGGGCCCCCUGCACCUGUCCUGCCUGGGGACAAAGCCCUGGACUUCCCUGGGCUCCUGGACAUGAUGGUACCUCGACUCAGGCCGGUAAGGGCCCUUGCCUUGGAGGAAAUUGUAUUUAGAGGGGUUAUUCCAAUCAGUCCUGUUUUGUCUGGUAUACCCUUAAGGGAGGACUCUGGAGCACUAACUGUGUGUUCCCUACAGAUGCGUCCACCACCUCCCCCGCCGGCUAAAGCCCCGGAUCCUGGCCACCCAGAUCCCCUCACCUGAAGGCCAGGGAAUCCUUGACCCCCGGUGAUGCUGCUGUCCCUAUCUUCAAGCUGUCAGACCAUACCCUCAAUGAUCCAGAGCAACACAGCCAAAAUCUGGAAUCUCCCUACUUCCACCCUCACCUCCAAGGGUAGAAACUUGCCCCUUCCCAUUUCUGGGACUGGAGCCCACUCCUUUUUUUCCCAGUGUCCUAUCAUCUCUAGGACUGGAACUACUCCUUUCUCUUCUGCCAUCACCCUAUCUAGGGUGGUGAAAUGCCUGAAAUCUCUGGGGCUGGAAACCAUCCAUCAAAGUCUCUAGUGGUUCUGGCCCACCUCUUUCCCCACCCUGGCUCCGUGACCCACCCCACUCUGGAUGCCAGGGUCACUGGGGUUAGGCCGGGGAGAGGAACAGGCCUUGGGAAUCAGAAGGCGCUGGAGCCAGGAUGCGAAGCAGCUGUAAUGGUCUGAGCGGAUUUAUUGACAAUGAAUAAAGGGCACGAAGGCCAGGCCAGGGCCUGGGCCUCUUGUGCUAAGAGGGCA